CACCCCGGUGCAAGGCGUGUCAUUCCACAAGGGGCCAUAACGCAUCUCCACACAAGACCCUUUUACCGCCAUUUUUCUCUUGGCUCAUACGCCAGUUGGGAGUGGUCUGCCAAGGCGUGACAAACUCUGACAGUAUACUGUUCAGCUUCAUCAAAGGUCUUAGCAUCCGUCACAAGAAGGUAGCAAUGAUUCCCAAAACUUGUCUAUGGACUGAUGCAGGACAUGCAUGGAUAUAAUGAUCAGGAAAUGCGUCUGAAGGGGAGCUGAAACAGUGAAGUUUGCCGCCAUUUUGAGUGCCGAGUGAUAGCGUCUGAACACGGCAGGACGUGUCUAACUCAGCAAGUGUUGAUGUAAGGCACUCUGUACUGCUCUCGUCACCAACAUGGGCUCGCUGAGGAGGAAGGUCGCGCUAGUAACGGGUGCAAGUUCUGGUAUUGGUGCAGAAACUGCCAGGCAGCUUGCCUCCCUGAACUGCCAGAUAGCCCUGACAGGGCGGAGUGCCGGGAACCUGGGAAAAAUCAAAGAUGAGUGUAUCGAACAAGGACUGGAUGAAAAUCUUAUUCUCUUAUUACCGGGCGAUUUGACAGACGACUCUUUCUUGGAAAGAAUAUUAAAUGAAACGGUCAAAGAGUUUGGAAGACUGGACAUUGUGGUGAACUGUGCGGGUCGCCCGUGUCUCGGUUACCUGGAAGAUUCAUCCAUGGAAAUGUUUGACGAGGUCUUUAAGAUCAACUUGAGGGCGCCCUUUGUACUUACACAGCUGGCAAUGCCACACUUGGUUAAAUCGAAAGGUGUUGUCGUGAAUGUUUCAAGUUGCGCGAGUCUUGUGUCACACCCAAGCAGCCUGAUAUACUGCAUGUCUAAAGCAGGAUUGGAUGGCUUGACGCAUUCCGCUGCCCAAGAGUAUGCUAAAUGUGGAGUCCGUGUGAAUGCAGUGAGCCCUGGUGCUACAAUGACGCCACUGUUUGAAAGAAAUGGAGCCGACGUUGACAAGGUUAUUGAGAUGAGUAAGAGACGUCAUCCAUUGGGACGUCAUGGUGACGUAUCAGAGGUUGCUAAGGCAAUAGUGUUUCUCGCGUCAGAUUCGAGUUCCAUGGUGACUGGACACUGUUUGACCGUUGAUGGCGGGCGGAGUACACUCCCAGGCGCACCGCUGAAAGAAGCAGAUGAUGAUGAUGACUCGUCCAUGAAAUGUCCGUUAUAAGUAAUGUCAUCAUCUACAUGGUCCUUAAUUGAAAUGUUAGAGUGUCAAAUCUUUUCAUUGUUGACAAACAAACCGAGCCGGUUGGCAUGGACGUUUAACGGACGUUCUGAACAAAUUCAAAACAAUUUCCAUACUUUACAAAAAAAAUAUCCCAUGAUUGGUUGCUUUGUUUCCAAUAAAUUUCCAAUUUUAAUAACUGUUUUGGAUAUAAAUGAAUAUACCCAAGGAAGUGAUUAUUAUUAUUAUUAUUAUUAUUAUUAUUAUUAUUAUUAUUAUUAUUAUUAUUAUUAUUAUUAUUAUUAUUAUUUAUUUGGCAAUUCACAUAAAAAUACAAAAAUACAAUUAGUAGUGAGUUUGAGUAGGUUGUUUUGCAGUAAGAUGCCAAAGCAGUCUUCUGAAGACGAUCAGAACAUACUGGUCGAAACGUCAAGUACGUAAACCACACUUUCCAAAGAGCCUGUGUAAUAACCCCAAAACCUUACAACGAUGUAUAAAUGAAGUCGCAAGUCCUAUUGAAAUAACGUAGAAUGUUGACUUCAUGAUCAGUAAAUUUUAACUUUAUUUCACAACUAUAAAUUAAAGAGCAGCAUUUUUAAAAUAAAUGCAUAAUAAUUAUGUCAUUGAUAAAGCGGACACAUAUGAUAACAGUGAUAUUAAAUUAAUAUUGAUAUGAAAUUCAUUUAAAGUUUAGAGCAUGCCUGCAGCAUUGUCUGUAUUGUCUUUUGCAGCACUUUAUGAAGUAGUAUUCUUGACGUAAUUUAUUCUCGACGCAAUUUAUGUAAGAGAUGAGUGAUUAAUAGACAAAAGUAAAAAAAAACUGUCUGAUUGUAACUUGUUGUGAUUGGUCGUUUGUAAGCCGACUGUGUAGUUUUCCGGGGUUGAAUACAGCCAGCAGAUUGAGUUUGAGGAACACUGUGAACGUGGCGUUUUGGGGUGUCUUUGUCCCGCUGUGGCGUUUUGGGGUGUCUGUGUCCCGCUGUGAUGUCUGUGUCCCACUGCGGCUUGGUAUCCUCCUUGGUUGAGUUGGCCAUUUGGCACUUGUAGUGUUUGAGUGUGUUUUACCUAAACACACGACAAGUAGUAACGUCCGUCUCUACCUGUACCUCUAAGAUGUUCGAACCUCAUGUCACAUGUACAAGCAAGACCGGUAAUA